AUGCACGAGAGUCGCCAGGCUGACGCCUACGAGCAGAUCAAAUGGGACGGCUGGGGUUUUAAGGACGUCGCAUUAAGAUACGACGUGGAGAAAAACCUUGUCUUUCACUUGAACGGGAAACCCAUGCCGGGUCUCAUAAAGUUCAUUCAGCGGGAGAUUUGGCAUACGACUGAGGAUGCAAAACUGGUGAAGUCACCGGGUAUUUCAAUGGAGGAGGCUCUCAAGCGACUUCCCAAGCAGUGUAUUAACGAAGCAUUUCUUGAGGAGUUGCGGCAAACGCUCGUGAAGGACCAGGUUCGCCUGGACGGCGAAAGUCGUCUCACACACAUAUUCGGCAAGAACUACCGGGAUCUCUGGCGUGCCCGAAAUGGGAUGCUUGAUCGUGCACCCGACGCAAUUUGCUUCCCCAACAAUCACAAGGAUUGUGCGAAGAUUAUGGAGCUGGCUCAGAAGCAUAAUGUGGUUAUUGUUCCUUUUGGAGGUGGCACAAAUGUUACGGGUGGUGUUGAGCCAACACCUUUUGAGACAAAACGCAUGAUUGUUUCGGUUGACAUGCGUCGAAUGGGACGCAUGCUAUCUAUCGAUAAGGAGUCCGGGCUAGCUGUAUUUGAGGCAGGUGUUCUGGGCCCUGACAUGGAUGAGCAGCUCCGACCUCAUGGCUUCAUGUUUGGUCAUGACCCUGACAGCUACACUCACUCCACUCUUGGCGGGUGGGUUGGUGCACGCGGGAGUGGUGCCAUGUCGAAUAAGUACGGCGAUAUAGAGAACAUGGUUCUCGCAAUGAAGGUGGCAACUCCAAUUGGCGUCGUGGAAACUCCUGUGACUUCUCGACCCUGCGGGGUAGAUCUCAAUGCCAUGUUUACUGGCUCAGAGGGUGCGUUCGGAAUUAUCACGGAGCUCACAGUUAAGAUUGAGCCCAUUCCUGAAGUGAGGCAUUACGAGGGAUGGAUGUUCCCCUCCUUUGAAGCUGCCUUCUCCGCUUUUCACACAUGCACGCGAAAGGGGGUUCAUCCGUGCACAAUGCGCUUGUACGACGAGGACGACACACGUCUUAGCGUUGCCGCGAGUACAGACACUAGUCUGAUUGGCCCGCUUAUUAGCAGGGCUCUGAAGAAAUACCUGAGCGUAAUAAAGCAAUGGGAUCUCACGAAACUUUCCCUGGUUAUUAUUGGCUUUGAGGGAACCAAGUUUCAGACAGGCUGCCAACGAAGGGAGUUGUCAGGUAUCUUUAAAGCGUUUGGUGCAGUUUGUGUCGGCUCGAGCCCGGGGAAGUCUUGGAUGGAAAAAAAAUAUGACCUGCCUUAUCUUCGUGACUUGGCUCUCUCACACUCCCUUUGGGCAGAUGUGUUUGAGACCAGUGUUUUGUAUUCGGAUGCCAUUUCCUGCUGGCGCGCCGUGAAGGAGGCGUUUAAGAGCGUCAUGAAGGAAAGUGGAAGGAACGGUUGGAUUGGGUGCCACACCGCCCACCAGUACCGCUUUGGAUGCUGCCUCUACUUCACUUUUGCUGGUGAGCAGCACGACGAAAACGACAUGAAACACUUUUUAAAAAUCAAGCAGCGCGCCAUGGAGGCCAUGCUCCACCACACAGGGAACCUCUCCCAUCACCACGGGAUCGGCUACGAACACGUUCCGUGGAUGCAGCAGUAUAACGGCAGGAUUGGCUUGGAAGCGAUUAUGCGAUUUAAGAAAUCACUUGACCCCAAGAACAUCUGCAACCCCGGAAAGCUUCUCCCGUCUCCGCCGGCGGAAGGUGAGAGGUUGGAGGCAGUCGAGGCUCGCCAGCGCCGUGAGAUGAUGUUUGACAAGAUGGGGGUCCCGGGCGCGGUUCAGGCGCACCUGUGA